GCAGAUCUGAGAUCUUCUGUGGGAGGACCGCUGAUCUUAACGCAGACUUUGCGGUGCGGCCCGUGUGUAACUGCUGGGAGAGAGCGCCCGGGCAGUGCUGUGUGUCUGUCUGUGUGUUACAGGCUGUCUUUCAGGCUGUGUUACACACUGUGUGUUACAGGCUGUCUUUCAGGCUGUGUGUUACAGGCUGUGUGUGUACAGUGCUGUCAGCACCUGUGUACCUCCACUGUGCUGGCCUUCCUGAGUCAGCACACUGUUUCUGACUGCAGCUGCACAGCCAACACAAAGAGGAAGAACAAGAGAGAGGGACAGAGCGAGAGAGCGAGAGAGAGAGAGAGGGAAAGCAAGGGGCACGCUCACUGUAAUUAGUGUGUGUCAGAUUUCCCCCUGGGACGUUACCUGUUCUGAGGAGUUGUUAGUCUGUAGUUUUCAGGCUCAGGACGCGGGCCUGGUUUGUGUGACCUGGGGGCAGGGAGAGGGAGAGUGUGUUUCUGACAGAAGCCCACAGAAAGGGGGGAGGCUGUGCUAGAGCAGGCUGAAGUGGCAGCAGGACUCGGGGCCGGGGUGGUAAGUGCGUGAGGUAAAGUGGUGCGGCCGUUCUCAAGUGUUUUCUUUUGUUCGAUCCAAGGAGCCCCUCGGGCCGCUCGCGUUUUUGGCGGCUGUCUGCUGCCGGUUCUCUUUCUGACUCGAGCCCUUCGGCGGCGACGGUGGCCGUCUCGCCUCCCCGCGGCGCGCCGUCCGCCGGGUCCCCCCGCGCGGCCAGGAUGGGGGACGGCGCCCGGGAGCCCCAGCGGCUCUCGCCCUUCCGCAUGCUGAAGAUUCUGGAAACGUGCCGGCCCCCGGGCAAUCGCAUCGGUGUUGUCCAUGAGAAUGUGAAGAUGGGCUCAGACGGUGAGAGUGACCAGGCAUCCGGCACGUCCUCCGAUGAGGUCCAGAGCCCCGUCCGCGUCCGCAUGAGGAACAACAACCACCGGCGCAUAUCCAAUGAGGACAUCAACAAGCGACUCUCCCUGCCGGCUGACAUCCGCUUGCCAGAGGGCUACCUGGAGAAGUUCGCCAUGAACAGCCCUCCCUUCGACAAGCCCAUGAGCCGGAGGCUGCGCCGGGCUUCUCUGUCUGAGAUCGGCUUCGGCAAGUUGGAGACGUACAUCAAGCUUGACAAGCUGGGCGAGGGGACCUACGCCACGGUGUUCAAGGGCCGCAGCAAACUGACAGACAACCUGGUGGCCCUGAAAGAGAUCCGCCUGGAGCACGAGGAGGGGGCGCCCUGCACCGCCAUCCGAGAGGUGUCCCUCCUGAAGGACCUGAAGCACGCCAACAUCGUGACUCUCCAUGACAUCAUCCACACAGACAAGUGCCUGACACUUGUGUUUGAGUACCUGGAGCGGGACCUGAAGCAGUACAUGGAUGACUGUGGGAGCAUCAUGAGUGUGCAUAAUGUGAAGAUCUUCCUGUUCCAGCUGUUGCGGGGCCUGUCUUACUGCCACAGGAGGAAGGUGCUGCACAGAGACCUCAAACCCCAGAACCUGCUGAUCAACGACAAGGGCGAGCUCAAACUGGCUGACUUCGGUCUGGCCCGGGCCAAGUCGGUGCCCACCAAGACUUACUCUAACGAAGUGGUGACGCUGUGGUACCGUCCGCCCGACGUGCUGCUGGGGUCCACGGAGUACUCCACACCCAUUGAUAUGUGGGGGGUUGGAUGCAUAUUCUAUGAGAUGGUGACAGGAAGGCCUCUCUUCCCAGGAUCCACCGUGGAAGAUGAACUGCAUUUGAUAUUCCGUAUCCUAGGCACUCCCACAGAGGAGACCUGGUCAGGAGUCACCAGCAACGAGGAGUUCAAAACAUACAACUUCCCCCGCUACCAUGCCGAGCCCCUCGUCAAUCACGCGCCAAGGAUAGACAGUGACGGGCAUGACUUACUGUCAUUACUGCUCCAGUUUGAGGCGAAGAGGCGCAUCUCUGCGGAAGAGGCCCUCCGGCACCCGUACUUCCGCAGCCUGGGGGAGCAGGUGCAGACGUUAGCCGACACUGCGUCCAUCUUCUCUGUGAAGGACAUCCAGCUCCAGAGAGACCCAGGAAAGAGAACAGCGGCGUAUCCAGAAGCAGCAGCGCCCCAUAAGCUGGGCUCUGCGCCCUCGGAGUAUUUCCAGAGAGAAGGUGCCAAAGCAGGGACUCAGUCUCACGCCCUCACCUCCCCUUCCACCGGCUGAGCGAUCCUCUCCCAUUCCGCCCAGGGCAAAAGCCGGAGGCAGAGCGUGCUGUUUUAGCCACCGAGGGGGUGAGAGACCAUCGAGAACAAGCAGGACCAUCCUGUCCAGGGACAAAACGAAGGAUAAAAAAAUCAUUAUUAAAAAAAAAACAACAAAAGGCAAAAUCCAGAUGGAAGAAAAGAAAAAGAGAAAAAAGGAAACAAACAACCAUCCAUGAUGCUGCUGCUGCUCUGCGGACUUUAGGAUUAUUUUCUAUUGUUUGAAUUGAUUUGACUUUUUAAAAAAUAGAACUCUUUAAUUAGUGUAAUUUGUGGAGGGGAGUCACACCUCCUGGUUUUGAAGUUGGUGGCAGUUCUCAUUUUUAGAAUUGUUUUUUGGAUUAUGUACAUAAAAGACCGCUGCAGAGAACGAUGCUGUUUCACUUCAUGUAGCUUGAUACCCAACUGCUCCACUUCCCUGUUCAGUGGAACUGUCUCCUGCAUAACUGCCCUCCUGCACUUGUUCACAGAGAAGCAUGGGAUGGGUGGGCUGGUGGGGGAGCGAGAGGGCCUGGGAAGCUCCACACCUGCUGUGAGUGUGCACUAAAGGAUGAGGCGUGUAAGUCUGGAAGUUCACUAACUGCUGUGACCAGUAGGUUGUAUGUGCAAUAACUCCUGAUAACUAGGCCGUUUAUUCGCUGGAGCAGAAUAUUGAAGCUGUAAUGAUCUUAUUACCUGGCUCUCCUGGAUCCCACUCUCGCGCUCGCGCCCCCCCCAAACCACCACCACUCUGAAUACGAGGCUUUGUGUCGCCAUAGCGACUCACUGAGGUAUGGAGAGAGGAUCGGCAUUUAAAACCCCCGCAUGCUCAUGUACGCCUUGGGACCUCUGUCUCUCUCUCACUGGUGUCCAACACUGCGUUCUCUGUUCUAUUGUUUACCUUUAUGGAGGUACACGCUUUCAUUUAGUGCUCAGUGGUAUUGAAGUGCUGUACUGAACAGUACAGAACAAUUGACUCCUGCCUGCGGGCUCAAAAUGGAUAAGGAAUCAUACAUUAUAACAGGAUACAACAGGACGGCGGUCUUCUGUAUAGAAUUACAGUCUAUGAGAAUAGAAUAGGCUAAUGCACUACCAUACAAAUGUGUACACUACGGGGCAAGGAAGGGCACUACUGUACAGAAGACUACACUACUUUACUGACUAGGGACUAAUACAAUUAUACGGAAGUGUACAAGGCAGACUAGGAAAGGGCACAACUGUAUAGACGUGUACACUAUAGGACAAUGUAGGUCUGCUCACUGCUGUGUUUAACUUUAACUUUAAAGUUAACCCCCUUGACUGAUUGAUCAUUCACCUGGGCAUCUUACUGUUACCAGCAUCAGGCUUCAGGUUUAAUGUGUAGCAUUAAUGUAUUACAGAGAUCUGAACUCAGAUUUCCCAACAAUCCGAGUUUACUACUUGGAUUACUUUACGCAUUAGUACAAAAUGUGGAUACCCACACAUCAGACAUAAUGAAAUUGUCGCACUCAUUCUGUUAUUCUCUCGAAAAAGAGAUCCUUGAUCUCAGGAGACUUACCUGGUAAAACUAACGGUUAAAUAAAAUAAAAUUACGUUUUUCUUUUUUGUUGUAUUUGCACCCUUGAUAUUGUGGUGUGACGGAAAUGUUUCCAAGAGUGCUUCCUGAUGUGAUUUUAUAUAAACGCUAAUGGGUAGGAAGAGAUGGAAGGUCAUUUUGCUCAGGAGUUCUGGUUCUUUGAGUUAUUGAUUUUGAAAUGUACUCUAAGGUCCUCUCUUUCACUCUACAAAAUGCCCUCUGAAGUGAAGGGACUUUCUUUUACCCAUGAUUCAUACUAUCCACUCUGAAAUGGGUGUAUCAACGAAUCAGUUCUACUCCAAUGAUAGGGUACUAAACCAAUGGGUUCAGAGUAGGCAGUGCUGAUCCUUGUAAUUUUUGUUCCUUUGAAAGAAAUGUUUUAUUUUCCUUUUUAAAAUAUCAGCAUAUCUUGUAUGUGAAGUGAUUGUCAGUUUUUGGCCAAUUUGAUGUUUUCCGAGCCCUGACUGAAAGAGGAAAUGUAUGGAAAAUUGUAAUAAAUCGACUGGGGAGGUUUGGUUGCUGUUAAUAACAACAGCAUUUGCCUUGGAAUAUUAGAAACAAUGACCUUAGCAACAAUGACUAUGUUUCCAUUAGAAAAAGCGGCCAAAAGCAAUAGCCCAACCAAAAUAAGUAAUCUCCAAAAUAUGUUCAUAUAUAUAUAUACAUUGAGUGGUAUUUUUUUAAUGUUGUCAUUUAUCAUUUUGAUGAUUCGAUUUCUACUUUGUUCUCCUGUUUGUUUAAAUCCCUUGAUGGCUAUUCUUCAUGUAGUCUCAAUAAUAAAUUCUAGCACCUUAGUGGAAACAUAGUCAGUGUGACCUCUGGACCAAUACACUGUAAGAUGAACAGGAACUGAUCCUCAAGACUGAUAUGCAACGUGCUUUGAUUUUUGCGUUUGUAAUUUGUACAUUUAUGAUCCUUCAUUCUGUAUGUUAGAUGUUUAAUGUGACAUACAGUCUGCCCUUUAAAGGUUUACUUUUACAUGGAUGGUCAUGAUGCCUCUGUGGCUGUUUAUUUUUUAUUUUACUAAUUAUUUUCUGUAGGUAUGGCAAAGGUCCAUGACAGAUGUUAGGGCAGUGCUACUCCUUGUCAUGACUUGCAUUUGUUUUUAUCUAAAAAAAACAAAAAAACAAAUGCUGGGUACCUUUGGUUUUGACAAAAAGUACCACUGCCUUUACAUUUGCAACUUUUAGGAUCCUUGCCUUAGGCUUUUAGAUUUAGUUAGGAACCUUAAUCUCAAAGUUUUGCUGAGAGACUUUGAGUCUUGUUUUGUUCGAUGGCGAGAGGAUUAUGGAAAAUGUUGUCUGUUCUGACAGACUGUUAGACCAAACCAGUACUAUUCAGGAGAUGUCAAGGACAUGAAAAUGGUAAUAAAUGCUUGAACAAUACACAUUACUAAUUAUGAUCAAUAAUACUUUUAACUGAAGCCAUAGUACAAAGCAUAGAUGUGUGCAUGAUGUUGACAUGGACCCCCUGGUGGAGUUACUGUUUCUCCCUUCCUUAUAUUCUGUGUAACAAUUUAACACUGGCGUACGUCACGUAGAACAGUGUCUAACAGUGACACAGAGAAGAAUACUGUGUGUGCCGUAUGUCUGCGUGCUUGGGAUUGUGUGUCCUGUGGGGGGGAAGUGUAACAUUAUAUUUUCAGAUGACCUCAGGAUUAAGAGUACUUACUUGAUGUUCCCAGAGUGAAACCAUGCUGACACUGGCAUUGUGUUCAGCUGCUCAGUUUGCUAACAGGUCGCUAACAGAGAACACUGAUAUUUUUUGUACGUAUAUUUCAGAGACUGGUUUAAUUUGUUUUUAGUUCAGCAUUCUGAAAGGGCAGAACUACUUUCACAGUAUGUGUAGGAAAUGACUUAACAUUGGAAAAAAAGGUGGCAUCCUUGGUUAUUGAGCACUCAAAGUAAUAGAGGGUAGUUUCAGAAGUAACAUGGUCUGACUUACAGUGGUUACCUGUAAUUCAGACCUACAGCUGUUUAAUUUCAAAUUUAUAUGUUUUAAAUAAUCAUUUAAAAUUGCACAAGAAACUGGAAAUUAUCUUGCGAGUGUGUGUGGCUACGCACUUGAAGAUGUUAGAUUUACAUUUGCACUGGUAAAUAUAUUAUCCUUAUCAUCCUGGGUCAUACAAAUAAUAAUUUGUCUUUCUUUUUCUUCUCAGAGUAUUUAAAAUCAUGUCUUCCUUUAGCACUGCCUGUCUGUGUGACUGUGAACCACAGCACAGCUGGUGGCAACAAAAUGUUUUUGCACAAAAUGGCAGAUUCCUUUGUGGCACUGUUCUUUUGCUGCUCUGGAACUCAUCAGUUUAAAAAUAAAAAGCAGCCAUACUGUUGCCACGUAGGGGAGUGAAUGCUGAAUGUGUUUCUGAAGUGGCACUCCCCACUCAUUCAUAAGAAAGGUGUCCUGGCAUUUUGCAGAACACAUCAAAUUUUGCCAGACCGAUUGAUGGAGGGAUGGUACUGAGGAAUAGAGUGGUGGUUGUGGAAUUGAAUAUUAGUGGUACGAUAGCGGCUUGUCCCUUUACCCUCAGCCUGCAAAACAGCGAGGCUUCUUAUUCAGUACUAAUGCCAACCAGUCUGGCGUGAUCCUGUACAGAGCCAAAGAAAUCGUCUUGUUCAAUUACGGUUGCAUCACAGAAACGCACCCCAGGUACACAUAUAAGUGGAUUUGUCAGACAUGGACUGUAAACUAUGGCUGUUCUGCAGUUUUUGCCCUGUCCUUGGUGGUUUGCUUAUUUUUGCAGGGAUGAAAAGAAAGUGAAUUGCGCUACACUGCUGACAGGCUUCAUUCAGGUCCUUGUCCUUUUACCCAGAGCUGGAGAUUUUCUCUUCCAUCUGAUCAUUCUACCCUUAGUUGGCUGGAUCCUAAAAAAAAAAAAAAUCAGUUGAUUCAAUUCAACUGCAAAUAAUGCACCAUCUGUAUUCUUUUAAAUUUACGCUUCCUCUCCUUUCAUCGUUUUGGCUGUUGUGCAUAUUGCUGUGUUUAUGCUACAGAGAAGACUGGAUACCAGUGAACAAUGAUGCCUCCUAGUGUCAGGGAAGACAAAUUGCACCCUCUCCCCAUCUACUGCUGUCCCACUACUUGUCAUUUGUACAUCAUUGCUUCUAAUAAACAUGUUGACAAUUAA